CCGCGACCGGGCCAAGUUCUUGGGCUCGUGGGCACGAACGGUAUCGGGAAGAGCACCGCGCUGAAGAUCCUCGCGGGGAAGCUGAAGCCGAAUUUGGGUCGCUACGAUGACCCGCCCGACUGGCAAGAGAUCCUCAAGUACUUCCGCGGCUCAGAGCUACAGAACUACUUCACGAAGGUGCUCGAGGAUAAUCUGAAGGCGUUGAUUAAGCCGCAAUACGUCGACCACAUUCCCCGCGCGAUCAAGGGCGUGCUCUCGGUGUCGCAGAUGCUGGACUCGAAGCUGGAGCGGGACAACAAGCAGAAGAUGUGCGACGAUCUGGAGCUGAACGAAGUGCUUACGCGGGAGGUGUCGCAACUGUCGGGUGGAGAGCUUCAGCGGUUCGCGAUCGCGAUGUCGUGCAUUCAGAGGGCGGACGUAUACAUGUUUGACGAGCCGUCGAGUUACCUGGAUAUCAGGCAGCGACUCAAGGCGGCCGAAGUCAUCCGCGAACUGCUCACGCCAGACAACUAUGUUGUCGCGGUCGAGCACGACCUGUCCGUGCUGGACUACCUCUCCGACUUCAUCUGCUGUCUCUACGGCAAGCCCUCGAUGUACGGUGUCGUCACGAUGCCCUACUCCGUGCGUGAAGGCAUCAACAUCUUCCUGGACGGCUUCAUCCCGACGGAGAACCUACGCUUCCGUGAAGAGUCGCUCUCAUUCAAGAUGGUCGAGACGGCGGAGGAGCUGAUUGUGGACAAGACGCGGCACUACUCGUACCCGGCGAUGUCGAAGACGCUCGGCGGGUUCAAGCUGACCGUUGAGUCGGGCACGUUCACGGACUCGGAGAUCAUCGUCAUGCUCGGCGAGAACGGGACGGGCAAGACCACGUUCGUGCGCCUGCUCGCGGGCGAGACGCCCGACGAGGAGACGGCGAAGCAGUCGCUCAGCGUGUCGCUGAAGCCCCAGACGAUCUCGCCGAGCUUCCCGGGCACGGUUAGGAUGCUGCUGCUGAAGCGCAUCAAGGUCGCGUUUAUGCACCCGCAGUUCAAUACGGAUGUCAUGAAGCCGAUGAACCUGGAGCCGAUCCUGGAUCAGGAAGUGAAGACGCUUUCUGGUGGUGAGCUCCAGCGUGUCGCGAUCGUUCUCGCGCUCGGCAAGCCGAACGUGUCGGUGUACCUCAUCGAUGAGCCCAGCUCGUUCUUGGACUCCGAACAGCGUAUCAUCGCGAGCAAGGUCAUCAAGCGGUUUAUCCUCCACGCGAAGAAGACGGCGUUCAUCAUUGAGCACGACUUCAUCAUGGCGACCUACCUCGCGGACCGCGUCAUCGUCUUCGAGGGCAGGCCCGCCGUUUCGGCGACCGCUACUCCGCCACAGUCGCUUCUGACGGGCAUGAACAAGUUCCUGGCCUCGCUCGAGAUCACGUUCCGCCGCGACCCGACCAACUUCCGGCCGCGCGUGAACAAGAUGCACAGUGUCAAGGACAAGGAGCAGAAAGUUUCUGGUAAUUAUUUCUUCCUCGAGGAAUAA